CGAAAAAGAGAGAACAUAUUAGAAUCAAUCUAACAGAAAUUAAAAACCGAUUGUCCUUACAACUAGAAAGAGAAAUAUAAUAAAACCAGACCACAGAAGAAGAUUAAAAAAGCCUAAAAUAUAAGCGAGAGUCUACCAGAUGCCGCCCCUUCUCCGACGCAGACACCACGCGGUAAAUCCAAGAUACUCUGAGGAAAUAUGUCGACUUACACAAGAAAACUAUUAACCCUCAUGUUCAUCAGGGAAGGCGAGAAAAUCCUCCUGGGCUACAAGAAACGAGGCUUUGGUCAAGGAAGGUGGAAUGGCUUCGGAGGAAAAGUGGAAGCCGGGGAAACACCCGAACAAGCGGCAAUCAGAGAGACAAAGGAGGAGGCGGGUGCGGCCUCAGAGAUGCGGCCGGCUUGGUUCCCCGUGUCGAGCCUUCCCUUCGCGCAGAUGUGGCCCGAUGAUAGAUUCUGGUUCCCGCUGCUCCUCCGCGGCGCAAAAUUCCGCGGCGCCUUCCACUUCCGCGGCCACGACGAGAUCCUGUCGCAGAAGCUGGAGGAGGUGAAGGAGUUUUGAGGCGGAGGGUGGCGGGAGAUGGAUGCUGAGGGAAGGG